UAAAACUUAAAAACCUAAAUUUUAAUUAGACUGCAUGCCUUGAGUGUCUUGGUUAAACAUUGACAGCAGUAUCUAGGAGAUCAGCUUCAGGUUAUAUGAAUAUUAUCAUAAACUACUUUUUCAUAUACAAGUUUCCAUCACUUUUCUUCAAAUCGAAAAAAAAAAAAAAUGUAUCCUCCUCCAUCUUAUGACAAUGCUAAAUAUUCACAAGGGUAUCAACCAGAUGCCAUGAACAUCCGUCCUAGACAACCCUUCCCUCCUUCCAAUCUUGCAACCGGAACACGGUGGUCGACCAGUCUCUGUCACUGUUGUGAUGACCCAGCAAACUGCUUGAUUACUUGCUUUUGUCCUUGUGUUACGUUUGGGCAGAUUGCUGAGAUAGUUAACAAGGGUGCCGUAUCUUGUGCAGCUAGUGGUGCAGUUUAUGGGCUUCUUCUGGGCUUUGUGGGCUCAUCUUGCUUGUACUCAUGUUUCUACCGUUCAAGAUUAAGAGGGCAAUAUGACUUGGAGGAGGCACCAUGUGCCGAUUGCUUAACUCACUUCUGCUGUGAACCAUGUGCUCUUUGUCAAGAGUAUAGAGAGCUCAAGAACCGUGGUUUUGAUAUGGGUAUUGGUUGGCAGGCAAACAUGGAUAGACAAAACAGGGGAAUCACAAUUGCUCCUGUUGUUGGAGGAAUGUCCCGAUGAUCAGAACCCACCAAGCUAGCUGCGUGUAUUAACACUUAGCAGGCUGCAUUCGUUCCGCUAAUUUUACUGUUGUAUUUAUUCAUGAUAUUGUUUCGGCUUAUUGUUUGGUUCUAUUCAAGAAAUCAAGAUCCAGUUUUCUCGUCUUUA